UUUGCGGACACAGGGGGUUGCCCUAGGACCCAACCGUCGGCGACGUGACAGCUAUAUUGAUAUAGCACACACAGGCACAAGGAAAGCUGACCGACUCUCCGUCCCGCGUUGAGUUCUACGGAUCCUGUGUGUUAGUCUCUGCUGUCUUCAAUUGAUCAGCUAGUAGGACCAUGUCUCACCACGAUCAGCAAGUGUGCACCACGCUAGGCUACGUGUGGAGCACUCGGGACAGACUGGGAUACGGAGCAACCGGCACUGUAUACGUUGGAUAUAACAAGUCCAAUGGAGAGAGGGUGGCGGUAGAAGGUGUUUUCUGGCUCGGCAGAGUUCAAGUCCCUCAAGAGGGAGAUUGAUGUUGUCCGUUCUCUCCCCAACCACGAAAACAUUGUCAUGCUCUUUGGUGACGAGGAGGAGGUGAAGUACAAGUACAAGGUGAUCAUUAUGGAGCUGUGUACAGGAGGCAGUCUCUACGAGGUCAUAGACUCUCCUGAGAAUGCCUAUGGUCUGGAUGAACCUCAGUUCAAACAACUCAUCUAUGACGUAGCAAAGGGACUAAGUCAUCUGCGAGCUCAUAACUUUGUCCACCGAGACAUCAAGCCUGGUAACAUCAUGAGAUGUGGAACUCAGGAUGGC